AUGGCAAAGAUCAAGGCCUGACAUCUACAAGGGAAGGAUGAAGAGGAGCCGCUGAUGCAACUGGAUGACGAGCAGCUGGAGCAGGCUCAAUGCCACGUCGUGAAGGUCCUGGGGGAAAAUGAUUUCAAACUCUCCAAGAUAGAUGUGGUCUCCAAAUCCGUGGCCAGAGCCAUGACUGUUAUCAGUCAGUACCAGAAGGAGAAUUUGAGGAUUUACAAAGGUGGAAGACACAAGCCUCUUGAGCAGUGGCCCAAGAUGACACAUGGUUGGCUAAGCAUGCAAAAUGAGCACAAAGACAGUCUGAGACCAAAAACCAUCAACAAAAAGAACAAAAAGCUAUAUCGUACCCAGAGGUUCACUGUUGGGUCGUAAAACUGCUGUGUACUAAUGUUCUUAAUUAUUUUGGAUAAGUAUUUCCUCAUUAAACAGAAGUUUGCUUUGGGGGAGAAAAGGAUUUUCCCAGCUGGUUCAUACAGCAAAGAGAGGGAAACUGUGGCUGCAUAGACCUACUGAGGAAAUCUGCAGAAGGACAUUACCUGAUUUAAAUGCAAAAUGGGGAAAAAAAUUCUUGUGUAAGGAAGAGAUAAGGAAGAGAUAAAACUGAUGGGAUCAGGCAAAAGCCUGAUCAACAAGAAGUGGAGAGCAAAACUGACUGGGACAGGCUGGGAGUGGAGGAGAAAGGGCAAGUAAGACUGCAGGUGAGGCAUAUUUUGGAAAAAGGUGCUGGGUUUGGGAGCUUGGGGAAAGAUGUCUGUAAGUGGAAGUCUGAAGUCUAUAAAAUGACAUCCAGACCAGAAGACAUUUAGCAAAGGAGAGGGACUGGGAAAAGGCACACUUCUUGGAACAAGGUGACUGAGCAAGGCUUAGAGCCGGCUGACUCCCUGGACAAAGAGACAGGG